ACGACAAUCUUGCAUGGGAAAGGUGCAUUCUUGCUAUGACCACCGGAUUCGUUCAACCAACAAAGUCGAGCCAGCUCAUGUGAGGCAGCCACCUUUCUGGAAUUCAAUCUUUUUUGGCUUUUCCUCUGCAAUGCUUGGGGUGUCUGGUUUUGAGACAUCAGCAAACUUUGUCGAAGAGCAAAAGCCAGGUGUUUUUCCGAAGACUCUACGGAACAUGUGGGUCGCUGUUUCCUUCAUCAACAUCAUACUUCCAAGCUUAGCUGUGGCUGUGCUUCCUUUGGACGACUUGACUGGCGAGAAAUCCGCAUACGCACUUGCCUUCCUGGCAGAAAGAGUUGCCGGCCCAUUUCUUAGAGACGUAGUUGCCGUUGAUGCUUUACUGGUCCUAGCUGGAUCAGUUUUGACCAGCUAUGUAGGAGUUGUUGGCCUUUUUCAGCGCAUGGCAGGGGACAGGUGCUUGCCGGAAUUCUUCAGCGAAACCAACACAUGGCGGAACACCCCGCAUUACACGAUCCUGGUCUUUUUUGGGGUUUGCUCAUCGAUGUGCAUCAUGCUGGAUGGAGACAUUACUUUGCUAGCUGCGAUCUACUCCAUUUCUUUCCUGCUGGUGAUGGGUUUGUUCGCCUUCUGUGGACUUUGGCUGAAAAUCAACCGGCCAACUUUGCCACGUGAGAUUAAGUCGCAUCCUGCCUUCUUUGUGUGCGGCUUGCUGCUGGUGAGUUGUGCCUUCACGGCAGUAGUACUCCUUCAUCCGGAGAUGCUGACAUACUUCUACAUCUACUACGGCAUCACCACAACAAUGGUGAUGCUGACCUUUGCCAGGGUGUCAAUUUUCAAGAGCUUUCUUCAAUUGAUGAGCCACUCAAAGGUGGCUCGAUUCAUCAUUCAAUGGUUUGUACACAAAAGAGUCGCUGAAGAGUGGGCUCAUCAAAAGCUCAAGAACUUGCAAGACCAGGGCGUUGUGUACUUUACUAAGCGUGCAAGCAUGAGCCAGAUUAAUCGAGCCCUCCAAUACAUCGAGCAAAAUGAAGAAGCACGAUGGGUUAAGGUUAUCCACUGCUACACGGAUCUUGAUCAGAUCCCACCAAACUUGGAAGAGUAUGUACGCAUUCUGGACUGUGUUUAUCCGACGCUCAAAGUGGACUCUAUCCUGGUGCGUGGAGAGUUCAGCCCUGCCAUGGUGCAGUAUAUAUCGAAGCGCAUCCAGGUCAAAGUGAAUUGCAUGUUCAUCAACUGUCCAAAGAUUGACUUCAAGCAUCCUUUGGACAGAAUGGGAGGUGUUCGUGUCAUUCUCAAUUCAGAGAAGCCAAAUCCGUUUAAGCGUCUUGCCGGAACUACCUCGCCCUUCUUUGGAUUGUCCCCGACAAGUCCAAUGAGAGGAAACGACUACAUGGCCCUCGUGCAAGACAAACUUAGUGAGGAUGAAAAGGACAUGCAAAGCAGUCCUGAUUAUUCUUUCAAUCUCGAUCUUGAUCGUGGCAAUUAAUAUGUUGGGUGUUCGUUGCGAACCUUUACUCAAUUACUUCAAACGCAAAAA